UAUUUUAGUUUCAGAUUUCUUGUUCUCAUGAUCUUCUAAAUAGAUUUUGUCUUAGGUUUUGUGAUAAAGAGAGGCAAGCUCACCAACAGCUUCUUUUUUCUCGUUCGAUCGUCCGAGUUUUUUGUUUCCAUUUCGUAUUAGUGAAAGCGUUUUCCAUCUUUCUUCUUUCUUCUUUUUUCUUUUUUUUUUAUCCUUUGUGAAUGGGGAGGCAAGUGAUGAGCAAACGAAUGCGCGUCUAUUCGCAAGAAACAAACAAACUACUCCAUCUUGCUUUUGCAAGAAACUAUAUUAAUCACUUGGUGCCAGCUCUUAAGAAGAAGAAGAUGACGAUCAAUGACGAAGGAAGUGCUAGUUCUUCGAAUGCUACUUCGCGGAAUGGCAAAGAUGGCAACGCCGAGCGAGAAAAGAUCGUUCGAUUCGAAGUCGACAUGGCAAUGGCGCUGUCUGCGAAAGAGUUUGCAUGGAGCCGUGCCUUGGAAGCAAAUCUUCGCAAAGAGCAUGAAACUUUGCGUACAAAUGGUGGGGUUACUCAAAAGCCUUCCUUUCAUGAUCAAACAUCUUCUUUUAUUCUUACUAUCGAGUCCAGACCCAUUUUUGAGGAAAGAAAAGGUGAGACUUUAACGUUAUCGCCUCAUAAUCCUACAUAUGAUAAUGUAGUGAAAAUUAUGCCACUUGAAACCUCACAAAACCCUAGAAUAUGCGACGUAAAGAUCAUGAAGAAAUCUUCCGGCACUAAAAGUCGAAGAUCGGGAUCGAUAAAAGGGCACGACAAGAAAAGUGAAGAGGACGUUAUAAACGAUAAGUUGGCGAAUCUUAGAACGGUAUUGCCUGGUGGAAAUGAGAUGGGAGACCAUGAUGAAUUGCUCACAGAACUAGCAAGUUACAUUACCUGCCUCAAGUCACAGGUGCAAGUUCUUCAGUGUCUUGUAGAAAGUCAAUGA